AUGAGUGGUCAGCAUUACCGACUGGUUGUUUCUCAAAUGUCUCGGUCAUCAUGCCUUCCUGCCGCCUUGAUUAUGUUACUGUUUACUUUCUGUGUAUCGAUCCUGUUGCGAUAUUCAAGUCAGCAGCUAGUCUUUGUUAUCACUGAUAUCCUCCAAAUGUUUGAGAAUAAUGUCCCAUUUGGAAUCCCAGUCGCACCUUUUAUGACAGUUAUUCUUGCUCUUAUCGCUAUGGAAACCAUUAUGUCUGAGUUUUUCGGCGACUCUAUCACAGCAUUUUAUAUCAUUCUUAUUGUAAGCAUUUGUGAUCACUACGAGGCUGUGUUUUGCCGCACUGAACUGAGCAAACAAUAUUGGCCAAGGUUUUUUUAUCUAUAUCAUUUCGGAUUUUAUGCCUACCACUAUCGUUUCAGUGGUCAGUUCAGUGGUGUAGCCCUUUGGGUUUCAUGGUUGUUUAUAUUGCACUCAAUGAUCUAUUUCUUUCAUCAUUAUGAAUUACCCAACCUUCUCAUUGAUUUGGAAUUCCGUGAUUUCGUUUCUGAUGAUCAAGUCAUAAGUCAAUUUCAUUCACAAGUUUCAGCAGCAUGGUUAUCUCAUCAAAGUGAUACGAAUUCUUUUGGUAUAGAGUCUACAAAUCCAUCUGUUAAUUUCGACGUGCAUCCAGAUCCUGUGAAUACAACGACUUGCAGUGACGACGAUGUUGAUGAUAUGGGCGCGUCAGAUUCGAAUGAAAAAGCAAUAACAGUCACAGUCGCACAUCUGAAACCCCAGUUAGUAGUUCCAGUGAAAUGUCUAGUUGAUGUGUGA